AAUGGCUGCCAUCUGACUCAUGGUUGUCGAAAGGCUUUGAUCUGACGUGGGUUGUCGUGUUGUUUAUUGCGUCGAUUUCCAGGGCGAUUACUUUUUAUAUUUGUCGUCGUGAGAACCCGAGAUUUCACUCAGAAAGUACGGGGUUUUCAACAAAUAUGACUUAUACAUCCGUAUUUUUUAAUAUGCGAAAGAUAUUGUAUUGAUGUGAUUGUAAUCUGUAGUAAGUUUCUGGUUAUGUCAAAGAUUGAUGCAUUAUUUAAACUUGGAGUGGGUCGCAGGCAGCCUUCUGACCCAUUCUUUGCGGAUGGUGAUGCUGUGUGCAGAGCAUAUAGAAGAGAAGGUGUUGUGGAUAUAGAUGAUGAAGAUUUGUGUCAUGAAAUUGUCGCCAAAUUUCCAUGCCAUGUUUUUGGCUGUAACCUUGAAUUUGACUCAUUGCUACAAUACGAGUUGCAUUAUAACUCGUUGCAUCGUUACUUCUGCAGCGAAUGCAACAAGCGACUGCCUUCGCCACAUUUGUUGGACCUGCACAUUUCCGAGAACCACGACUCGUUUUUCCGAGCUCAGGCACAGAGGAAACCAAUGUACCGUUGCUUCGUGGAAGAGUGCGAUGGCAUGUUUGCAGCGCCGCAGGAGAGGCGUCGCCAUUGCAUAGACGCACACCGGUUUCCUCACGAUUUCAGAUUUGACGAUGCCAGAAAGCAGAAGACUAAACAUCGCAAACCAAAGCAAAGUAACGACGAUCUGUUGGACUCCGUAAUGGAAGUGGAUCCUUCUUCAGGUGAUGGCAAAUGCGAAACGAAAAUUAGAAGACCAAAAUCAGAAUCCAAAUCAGUAGCCAUGUUUCCUCGGUCUCUCAAGGCCUUAAAUUGUGGGAAUGUCGAGGAAUGUAAUGAAAAAUCUGAAGAAGGAAAUGAGUUGGGAGAAGCCACGUCUUCCCACCAAGCACAGACGGGUGCGCGCACAGAAACAUUUAGAAAACCGUUGGGUUUCGCUCGAGGACGUGGCAGAUAUCAGAGAUUAGGUGGUAAAUUUAUGAAUUUUAAUUCAGGGAUAAAUAAACGUGACCAAAGUUCGUCCGGCGAUUCAAAUGUCUGGGGUACGUCAGGUUUGUUGGAUGCCUUGAAGGACUCUAAGGCUGGUACCGAUGAUGAAAAAUUUGCAUGUGCGUCAGAUGUCGAAAUUGAACACGGUUAACACCUUUUGUAUUUUUUUAAUACCUUGAAGAAUGAUUUUGGUUUGUUCGUAAUGAUUGUUGGUGAUAUUUGCAGUACGACAGUUACGUACUUUAACUGUUUCCUGUAUUAGGUGCCUUGCCGUCAGAGCUUCGUACUGUAUAAGAUGCAUAUCAGAUAAAGAAUAUACCUUAGUACCAUUUCACUCAUCCUCCAUCCUCACAUUUUGUAAAGUGUUCACAUGAUUUUAAUUGUAAAGUUUUUUAAAAAAAAAAGUACACCCGCACUGGGCUUGUCACGCUCAACAUAGAGAAAGGGCCACAUAAAAACGGGCGACUGUUCCUGGGGCCGUCAUGUGGGCGGAAGAACUCGGUUGGGCCUCAUAAAAUGUCAAAGAGGACCACGUGCGGUGCUUAGGCCACAAGUUGAUCGACACCGAGAGAAUAAAACAAUUUUUAUCCACUUUUCAGAUUCAUUUCCCCGUUUACCAUUUUAACUGCUGUUCCUGGCAUUGAAAUGCUAUAAAAUAUUCUUCAGAGAAAUGAGUUGUCAUUAUUCUUGGACUCAAAUGAUGCCGUAAAAUACUUGGGACUCACAACAAAGUCAUGAAACAAUUGGGUUAAGGAAACAUCAGAAAAGGUAAAAUAUAAAUGUUAGGUUAUGUUUUACAUAAUAUUUUUAUAGAGAUAUUUAAGUGGCUUGUAAAUUUAAGUUAUAUUUCUGGAGUAGUGAUAAAGAGGUAAUUUGAGUUGCUGUUACUGAGUUCUGUCUCACAUAAAAUCAAUUGGUAGCCAAGUUUUGGCCCUGGGAUCUACUUCGCGCAAUGUGCCCUUCUGAAACAUAAGUAAAUUUCUACAAGGUGCAGGCUGCAUCUUCGUGUUAUUUUCUAUUAAAGUUUAGUUUCCUUAUAUA